CUAGGCUGAGAACGGUGCCCAAUUGCUCUCUCGCCUUACUGUUCAUCAUCUUCUCCAAUGACUCUUGGCCGUCUUCACUGAUUUUCCCCUGCUGCUAUGGGUUCUGGCAAAGCUCAGAGUGGUAAGAAAACUAAGAAGAAGGUUCCCAAAAGCCCCAGGAAGAAAGGGGCUGAAGAAGAUGCUACGAAGGUCUCCAGCUUGGCUACGGAUGUAGCUAUGCAAGACCUUGAGAAAGAAAGGGCCCAGACUGCUUCUUCCUCGUCUGCUACGUCCCCUCCUUCUGUGGAAGUUGUUCCUGACAUUGCCCCUCAGGUAGAUACAACUAGUGCGCAGAACACCCCCCAGGUGCUUGACAAAAUGCCUGAACCAGAGAAGGUUGCUGCCAAACCUGUUACCUUUGCUGACCUCUUCAAAGGUAAUAGGGACCCUGACCAAGGUAUGAUUUUGAAGCAAUAUGAUGUUGGUGAAGGCGUUCUACAUAUUCCGGACUCUGUUAUUAAACAGUGUUGGGCUUCCCGUUAUCUUCAUUCAUGGCUUCAGAUACACUGCUCACCUCAUCUUCACCACGUGGUCCAGUGCAGAGUUUCGUUGCUCCAAGUGCAUCCUCCAUAGUCGGGGUAGGUAGUGUGGUAGUGUCUGAAAUACCUAAGUUUAUACCACAAGAGAAUUCGACAGUGAUACGUUGCACACACAAAACAGAGUAUGUACCACAUAGAGAGGUAUGACACACGCAGUGUUCCAACACCCACACAAGCAAGCAAAAACAGACAGUAACGUAACAGAAGUAAAACACACACACAAUA